CUGGCAGCACAAGAGCCAUGUGUUUUAGCUCCAGGCUUUGAAGAGCUCCAGAAACUUUUCAGAAAUGCUUUUUAGAAACGUCGCGUAACGGGAGAGGGAGAGAGAGAGAGCGGCAGAGAGAGAGAAAAGAAAAGAAAAGAAAAACAUUGGCGAGUGGGGGUGAAGAAGGAGUAAAAGUGCCAGGAAGAGAGAUGGGAAGCAGAAGAAGCUGCUGUGAUAAAUAAUCUGUCUUGCAUGUGGAGUUAUUAAGGACAUCUUUGUAGGACGGCACUAUUGUGGUUCACUACAGAAGUAAGCCGCCAGCUCUUCCAGCGAUGCAUCGAGAGGAGCUGUCAGCCAGAGAGGAGUUCACCUACAGCCACAUGCCUGCUCAGGAGAGAGGCAAUGGGACUCUGGGACGGCGGGGUGACAGGGUAGUGGAAAGGAGGCCGGACAGGGGAGAGAGGGACAGGCCUGAGCGCGACAGCUACACAGUGGACGUGAGGGCCAGUGACCUGCAGCUGGCCCAGCCGGAGCCUCUAAAGCACCCCUGCUUCAGCUACAGGGCCUGGCUCUACAGUGUCCUCCUAGGGGGCAGCCUGCUCGUCACAUCUGGUUUCUCUCUGUACCUUGGAAAUGUGUUUCCUGUUGCCAUGGACUACCUGCGCUGUGCUGCAGGCUCCGGCAUCCCAGCAGCAAUAGCGAGCUUUGCUAUCGCCAAGAACAGACAUGUUGCAGUGUCGGAUUUCCAAGUGGUCUAUGUUUCAACAUUUGCUGUGACAACUACCUGCUUGGUUUGGUUCGGUUGUAAACUGGUCUUGAACCCUUCUGCUGUAAAUAUCAACUUUAACCUCAUCUUGAUGAUUUUGCUGGAGGUGUUAAUGGCCAGCACCGUGAUCCUGUCAGCCCGCUCUGCAGAGGACUGCUGCUGCCACAGGAAGUCUGUGACGUAUGACAGACCUGCGGUUUUUAAACCUGCAGUGUUCCCCACCCGACUCCUUAAGGCAUAUUCUGUGAUUGAAGUGAUCGUGGGAAUUUCUGCUGUAUUUGGAGGAAUUAUUGCACUGAACAUGGAUGCAUUGCUGCCGGGUCCGUACCUGUCUGUCACAUUUUUCUGGAUCCUCGUGGCUUGUUUUCCCAGUGCCAUUGCGAGUCACGUUGUGUCAGAAUACCCCAACAAAUGCCUGGUGGAGGUGCUCAUUGCCAUCAGCAGCGUGACAUCCCCCCUGCUCUUUUCAGCCUCCGGCUUCCUCUCUUUCAGCGUGAUCAGCGUCAUUGAAAUUUUCCUCCGCGACGUGCCCACAGCAAAGCAAUCCUACGACAUCCUGCUGUUGAUUCUGAUGGUGCUGCUGCUGGUGCAGGCAGUUCUUACUUCAGCCACUGUGGUGCACUGUGCCACAUACAAGAGUCGUCUCCGCAGGAGUGUUCCAGAGUGUGAUGACAGCAUGCUAACCACAACCCAUUACAGUGAGCAUCAAGUCUCCAGUGGAACACUGCAGGAUUAUGAUAAAGACAGAGCCUGGAAGGCGGUUCUGGUCCAAAUGGCUCAAUGAGUUUGGUCCAAAGUGGCAAAAGGGACGAAAGUGAGGGAUGUAACAAUCUCUUUCCGUGGGUUGAACAGUUUAAAGGAAUUGUACUUGUUUUUCAUAAGGAUUUUUGGUAGAUAAAGAUUUUGGCACUUGAAUUUUGUAUUUGUUAUCCAUGUUUUUAUUAUUGUUUCAUUCUAACUAAAGUGAGGAGCUAUUUAACCAGUAAAGGGAAAGUAUUUUUUGACGACUCCAUGUACUGAGAUAUUAUGAAAAAUCUAGAGACACAUUGAUCACCAACAGAAAAAUGGUCUAAGCAAUUGAAGGGACACAAAGUGUAUAAUGUCUUGGCAUAUUAAAUUUAAAUCUGCAUUUGAAAUCCAUGAAAUAUGAAUCAUACUAGAUUUAAUGGAUGAUAUAUUUCAUCAAAGUCAAAGUAUUGUCAAGGUCUGACUGUCUGACUGUGAUGUGUCAUUUCUAAAGAAGUAACUAGUAUCCUGUCUAAGACAAUAAACAUCCGUCACGUUAACUUAUAAUGAUAUCAAAUGUCAUGGUGUGAUGAAAAUUUCAAAUCAAUUACACGUUUUGCUUAAUGCUUUUUUCUUUUUUUUUAUGAGUAGCGAAUACCAAGUUAUUCAGCACUCAAGUGUAUUCAGUAAUUAACUGUUUUAUGUCUUUUAGUGGUUGUAGUGGUUGCACAAGUUUAUUAAAAGACUACUGAUUUAUCAGUCCAGACACAGAGUAUUGAUGGAUGUAAAGAAUUACAGUACAACUGAAUUUAUGUCUUGCAAUAAAAAAUAAAAUAUCA